AAGCAAGUAUAAUGUUAUAUUUAGCCAAAAUUCCAGUUUCAUUAAUAAACUGACUAAACUGCAAUAACUGGUCUGUGAAAUUUAAGAAAUUGUUUCUGUUGUGAGGCAAAGAUGACCUAAAACUAGCAAAAUGUGUUUUUAGUCAGUUUAUUGAUGAAAUUAUAAUUUUGUAUUUUACUUCACCUUUUGGAGAUGAGGCGGACCCAAGAUGUGUGCAAUACAAUAAUCACAGGCCUAAACAAAGUAAUAGGACCGAGCAAUGAGGGACAGUGUGGUAUAUGAAAAUGAAACAGAUUUGAAGCCCAUCGAGCUUGUUUGGCACAUGAUGAAAGACUUCAUCCGCAAGGAGGCCAAGCCAGCUACAAAACAGCAGCAUAUCCAAGCAAUAUUAGUUAUUUUGGGAGAGGAGAGUGACCCAAGAUGUGUGUAACAAACUAAUUACAGGCCUAAACAAAGUAAUAAGAUUGAUUGUGGAGAAUAAUGGUGGCCAGAGUGGAAAAUGAAAAAUAAAAAAACAUAUGGUUAUGUACUGUGCUAGAAUAAAACAGACACAUUCCUUAGUGUGUUCUGUCUUUCUGUCUGGCUAACAGUCUGAAAGGCUGCUGAUGGCUCCACAUUCACGGGGGGUGGGGGGGCAGUCACAAUCACGUGUGAAUGUUUCAUUAACUUCUCUGCUUGGCCACGAUGAAGAGAUAUGUUUGCAGGGGUCACGGUGAGGUUGUUUUCUUAACCCAAGAACACUAAACCAAUGGUCAAGCAGGGUGGUGGUAGUAUCAUGCUGUUUUGCUGACAGUACUGUACAUCACUACAUUGCACAAAGAGGAUGGAAUAAUGAAGCAGCACUAGAUAGAUAGACUGAGCACUUUUUGUCAUAAUAACUAACAUAACAUAAUAAUAAUUUACUGUAACCCUUUGGAGUCUGAUACCUCUCACCCACUUUCAAAGCAGUCUGACAUGCCUUGACAUUUUACAGUUUUUCUGAAUUGGUAAAACACAUUUCCUAAAAUCUCCUCUCCUUUAAUCAGACCACUAAUCACAAACCCUAAAAUUCAAGCUAAACUCACAAACCUUACAUUAAUCUUGCAAAAUCAAACGAUCUUCUCAAAACUAUAUUAUCUUUGCUCAAAAGCAAACAUUGCUUUCAGAUCAUGCAUCAAGCCAGUCGGUUAAAUAAACACUACUGAACAGUCAUUACAGACUACAGCAAAAAAUUAAAGACACUACCAGUCAAAACUGUUGUUGGCAUGUAAAUUAGAAACCGCAAGAAAAAAAAAGUAAAAAAAAAAAAAAAGUAUGAUAGAUAGAUAGAUAGAUAGAUAGAUAGAUAGAUAGAUAGAUAGAUAGAUAGAUAGAAACUUUAUUAAUCCCACGGGUAGAUUCCUCUAGGAAAUUCGGUUUCCAAAAGCAUAGCACCGACAGAAGUUACACAACGUGAGCAAAUGUUAUAUAUAUACACAUAUAUAGAUACAAAGACAAAUAAAAUAUACAAAAGGGAUAAAUAGAAUAAAUAAGAAUAAGGAGAAUACAAGGGAAUUGCACAUUUCCAGUAUUGAACCAAAAGUAUUGCACAAAAGUAUUGCGCAGUGAAGUGAAGAGGCCUAAAUGGUCGUCUACCAAAAAGAUUUGUAUACACUUAUGACUGAUAACUAAUAUAUAUUCAGUACUCCAGAAAAGUUACUGUAAAGGACAAAGCUAAAAAGUAAACAAAUGAGAGUACAGUAAAAUGUGCAACUGCCAAGCCAGAGUCACAGAAAAAUAUUCAUUCUGCCUCCUCACCAUGUCUCAGGGCUGGGUCUAGCGAUGCUAUCCCUUGUUGGGCGAUGCAGAAAGAAUCCUCUGUGUGACCCAUUUGUACCUUGAUGUCGAAAUUCAGCUCCUAUUCUAUGGCACGUAUUCUAUGUUCUAGUCACUCUUUGACUUCUUUAAAUGUUUAGAAAUGUGUGUGAACAGUUUUCAGUCAUUGUGUUUAAAUGACUACUGUGUGCUGGCUGCACUUAACCUCUGCAGCCAGUGUUUUCUAUUUUGCAUCAAAGUUCACCAUAGCGCAAAGUGUGUUUUGAUGAAUGAGAAUGUGUUUCGAGUUUUGCAAAAAGGAUGACUGAGAUCUGCAAAUUGUGUCUAAGUAGGUGAGCAUGGUUUGAAGUUUCGCCAAAAGAGUGACUGAUUCAAUACAGUAAAUGACAUUUGGCAAUUGGCAUGCAGUUUAGUUCCCAAAAUGAUUUUUAAUAUUUCAGCAAUUCAGAAAAACUGUAAAAUAUUUCACUUAUCUAAACAACAUUUAUCCCAAAGUGCUUUUAUUCAGCACAAACUCAGCACCAAUAACUUGAGAUCAUUUAGAAUGUGAUUAUUCUAUUUUUUGUUAAAAUCUACUUUAAACAUACACUUUUCAAAAACCUAUUUUCAGUUGUGCUGACAAAUUGUAAAAAAUCACAUUAUAAACAUUUCUAGCCAAGACUUUUGAGCUCUCAAGCUUAUAGACAUAGGGGCUGGCUACACAAAGGUGAAUGAGACAUUCAAAGAAUUGUAUGAGGUUUCAUUACUAAAGUGUUACAACUUUGAAAUGAGUCACCAAACCUUAUGCACUAAGUGGUCUUCAAUGAAGACUUGUGAAAUUGCUGGCCAUGAUGUUUGCCUGCUUGUGACCUGGCAACUUGCAGGGUUUUGCAAUUUCAGAAUCUAGUGUAGAAACAGGCUGUUAAGUGAGCUGUUUGUUAAUCCUACAGAGUUUUGAGCAAGAAAGGGAAAGAAAACUGACCAUACUAUACAGUGCGCUAAAUAUAUGUGAGAGUGGUGUUUAUGAAAUUUAUUACAUAUACAGAUGAAAUACGACAAUUAACAGGAAACAGGCCUGAAACAUAUUACAUAAAUCUGGAAGUAUGACUUUCAUACACAUACAUCUUUGUAUCUAAAUCCGCAUAGUGGCAUGGACGUAAAUUUGUUUAAUUAGACUAAAUUUAAGUCGUGCACCAUUUUAGAAUACUGUAUUUAAAAAACACAGACUGCAGUAGCAGAGAUCACCACAGUUUCUUUACAUUUGUGCCAUGCAUAAACAUCUGACCUACUGUAUGUAAAAUAAGGCCUAAUUUUGCAUUGUGGGGACUGCAUUUAAAACCCAGCGAACAUUUUGAUGAAGCUUAUUUGAUAUAAGUGACACUUGUUUCUAUUCAAAGACAAUUAGUAGGUCUAAUAACUAGGUUUGAAGAUGACACAAUCUUUUACAUUUGUGUUAUGCAUAUACGUUUGACCUUUUUGACCUACGUGAAAUAUAUCCUUAUUUAAAAUGUCUGACAUUCUUUUAAAAUUAUAAUUAUUUUAAGUGUAUUUGAGGAAAUGUAAUUGUUCAUUCAAUUUUUUCCAAAGAAAUUACUGUAUGUGUUACUAUACCACAGACAUUAUUUAUUUACUACUACUUAUAGGGAAUACUGUUUACUGAAUGUUUACUUCAGAAAAAUCAGCUAAAAAUUGGUAAAAACACUAAAUUAUGUGUAAAAGUAUAAAAAGCAUAAACAAGCUUAACUUUAUCAUUGAUUUUGGUUCUGAGGUUCAAGUAUUUCUACUGUAGUUAGUUAGUGAAAGAGAUGCUUCACCUUCUUUCCUUCAACAAUCUUCGCAAUACAGUUUUUGUGAGAAAACCCCAUUCUGAUAGAUCGUGGCCACUUCUCCAACUUCUGCUGGAAUCCAGUCCCGUAGUCUUCCAUCACUGUAGACAAUUAGCCCAAAAAGAAUAGGCCUAAGUAAUUUAAAAUUGAAUUUACAAUUCCGUAAAUCUGUAAUGCAAAACAUUAAAGACGUAAGUUUUUACUUUGAAAAAUGCUUUGUUAUAACCAUGACAACGGAAGUACAUCCGGUUCAUUAUUCUUACUUAUCAUUGCUAGCUUCACAGUACUGUGUUAGAUAUAGUAAAACAUCCAUAAUUUCUUGCUCAAUGCAGUGAUAGAGAUGAAGAUACAGGUGUCCCUCAAUAUAUGAGUCUUUGACUUGCCAGUUUACAACUGGAAUUAUUGAAAAUAUUUAAUAUUAUGUACUGAGUUACAACUAAAUUGAAGUUUGGUUUUCGAGUAUACAAAGAGCCACACUUAGUAACGUGCCAGUGGUGCAGCCACCCCAUCCUGAUUGGAACUGCACCGUUGCUGCGGGCGAUCAUUCCCUUGCGUGAUUUUUCUUUCAUUUAACUAGUGCUUAAUUUUUCCCGUUUUAAAUUAAUGGUAAUCACGUAUCUCUCAUACAUUUCACCUUAAAAACGAAUUAUUCCGGAACGCAUUAGAAUCCUAUACUUUUAAAUAUAAUAAUUAAUAUAAAACAAAUCCUAAUUAGUAUAAUUAAGUAGCCUAAUUAGUAUAUUAGAUCAAGUGCAUACUUUUUAAAUGCAUUCUUCUUGCGUGGUGAUUAUAUACAUUCUAAAAAUACAGUUGUGUUUUCGCUAGACAUUACUUUUAGCAGAUACAGGAGUGUGAGGGUGGUAAGAUAUGUUGUUAUCAGCUACAUAUGCAGCUUGCAACGUGGUUGGCUGUGAGGGGGAGCUGAAAAGCUCACGCAGUUCUUGAAAACGGGGCCAAAUGUCGCUGAGUGCAGAAAACCUAUUUUCUUGUCAGAGUUGUUGCUGGAUAUACGUGCAUUUUCUGUUGUGCUGCAAACAUUGAAAAGAAUAAUCCUACCAUCAUAAGAUAACAAUGACAGCACUCAACACCCCCAGAGACAGGUACCGAGCCGUGUGGCUUAUAUUUUUCAUGCUCGGUUUGGGGACUCUCUUACCUUGGAACUUCUUCAUGACAGCAACCAUGUAUUUUACCAGCCGUCUGAGGGACUCACCAGAAGGGAGCAGCAACGAGACUGCUCCGGGUGGGGACACCCGUAAUGUGCUGGAAUCCAGAUUUAGUAAUGUGAUGACACUCUGUGCCAUGUUGCCUCUCCUGUUGUUCACCUGCCUCAACUCAUUUCUACACCAGCGAAUUCCCCAGAAGCUGCGGAUAAUGGGAAGCCUCGGAGUUAUCCUGGUGGUCUUCCUCAUGACGGCCAUAGUUGUGAAGGUGGAUGCUGAGCCCUUCCCGUUCUUCAUGAUCACCAUGACCAAGAUUGUGAUUAUCAACUCUUUCGGAGCCGUACUGCAGGGCAGUUUGUUUGGCGUGGCUGGGCUGCUCCCUGUCUCCUAUACGACACCCAUAAUGAGUGGACAGGGCCUGGCCGGUACAUUUGCUGCCUUCUCAAUGAUCUGCGCCCUUGCAAGCGGCUCGGAGCUGCAGGACAGUGCAUUUGGAUACUUCAUCAUAGCCUGUGUAGUCAUUCUCUUGGCUAUGGGGUGUUAUGUGGCCCUUCCCAGAAUGGAGUUCUUCCAGUAUUACCAGGAGAAGAAAAAUAAGCUUGAGAAGGAUACCCAAAUGGAGUUGAAUCCUACAGUGGCAGGCAACAUCAAAGGAGGCCCCACAGCAGACCUGUGCCCCUCAGAGGAGGCCGGGUUGCCGAAUGUCUCUAUUGUCACCAUCUUAAAAAAGAUCUGGGUGCCGGCGCUCACCGUGUGCCUCAUCUUCACCGUCACCAUCGGCAUUUUCCCUGCUGUCACUGUGGAUGUCAAGUCCACCAUCUCCAACGGCAGCAGCUGGGAGAUAUACUUCAUCCCAGUGUCGUGUUUUCUGCUCUUCAAUCUGAUGGACUGGGCUGGACGAAGCCUCACUGCAGUGUGCAUGUGGCCAGGGAAGGACAGCCGCCUGCUGCCCGUCUUCAUGCUGGCUCGCCUGCUUUUUGUGCCUCUCUUCAUGCUCUGCAAUGUGCAGCCCAGGCUCCACCUGCCGGUUUUCUUUGUGCACGAUGCUUGGUUCAUCAUCUUCAUGAUCUUCUUCGCCUUCUCUAACGGAUACCUGGCCAGCCUCUGCAUGUGCUUCGGGCCCAAGAAGGUGGCGCCACACGAGGCAGAGACGGCUGGAGCCAUCAUGGCCUUCUUUCUGACUUCGGGACUGGCUCUAGGAGCUGCGAUCUCCUUUGUUUUUCGAGGACUUAUCUAGACUUGCCAGUGAGUCUGUAUCUCCAUCCAUUCCUCCACCUUCCAACCUCUUAUCCUGGACAGGCUGGUGUGGACAUCUUUAUCUUAAGGAACACAGACACCAUCGUUACAUAAUCUCUUACUGCAGCAAUAUCAAAAAUGAACAUGAGCACCACCUAGUGGCUGCUGCCAGCUGCUCCUGGUAUGUUUCCAGUCGGCUGGAUUCCUAUGGUGCCCAUUUUCUGUUACCUACCAGAAAGAAAAAACACUUUUGGAUUGUCAUACAUUUUCACAUUUCUGCAUUACUGUGAUGACUACAGGACCAGAGAGAACAGCUUUACAUUUUGUGAUCCUUGGUAAUACACAAUAGGAAGAAGAAAGAAGGCUUUUAUUGAUUUGCAUAGGGUUUUUUAUAGCUUUUUAGAGACUUUUGUUCAUUUUACUUCAUAUAUAUAUA